AUUGCGCAACCUGCGUUCUUCCCGAACUGGUCACUACUAGCAUGGCUGCUCCCGCCAUCUCCCUGCCCGCUCAGCAGCAUCUCUGCCGCCUGAACGUCGCCAGUCCGGCUACAGUAACGCGCCGUGCGCUGCUGCGUGAACUAAAAGCCGCACCCGCGCGCAGCAAGGCUCUGAGGCAAAGCGCUCGCGGAAGGGAUCAAUUGGCGGCGGCAGCAGCGGCGACGAGGGGACGAUUGGGGUGCCGAGCGAUGGCGAGCGAGGCUGGGUCCGCCACAGCCGCCGUUUCCGCGCCAUCCACAGCCAAGCAGCUUCCCGACCUCAUGACGGAGUUCAUGGUGGACAUGAAGUGUGAGAACUGCGUCAAGAACGUGCGCCAGAAGAUGGAGCCCGUGGAAGGUGUGAAGUCAGUGGACAUCAGCCUGGACUCGCAGGUCGUCCGCGUGCUGGGCAGUGCCACACUGGCUGAGCUGGAGGAGGCGUUGAAGAAGACCGGCAGGAAGGCCCGACUUAUCGGCCAAGGCGACCCCUCACAGCUCGCACUCACGGCAGCAGUGGCGGAGUUCAAGGGCCCGGUGAUUCACGGUGUAGUACGGUUCGCUCAGGUGAGCAUGGAGGAGGUGCGAGUGGAGGCUCAGUUCGACGGCCUCUCGCCGUCAACCUCGCAUGCGUGGGCCGUCAACGAGUUUGGGGACCUCACCAGGGGGGCUGAUAGCACAGGGAGGUGCUAUCCGGGGGAGGCGCCUUCUACCACUGAUGGGCCCGCGGGUGACUUGGGGGUGCUUGAAACGGAUGGCAAAGGCCAUGCGUCCUAUGCGGCCCCAAGCAGCCGCCUCAAGGUGUGGGACCUCAUUGGCCGUGCCGUGGCGGUGUAUGACGGAGCGGACAGGGGGAGCAGCAAGGGCUUGGCAGCAGCAGUGAUUGCCCGCAGUGCAGGCGUGGGGCAGAACUACAAGUCGCUGUGCUCCUGCGAUGGCACGAUUAUAUGGGAGGCCACCCCCAGUGAUUACGUGCAGCAGAAGCAGAUGCCAUGAUAGCCAGAAGCAGAAGACAGGCGCAUGGGGAAGAGUUACUGGUCCUCGUGAUUCUGUGAUGGCACGAGUGUAUGGGAGGUUACUCGUAGUGGUGGUGACUAUGUGCAGCAAAAGUACAACCUGUACAUUUACGUUCAGCGCUUGCAAUAUGUUUCAUGUGGUGGUACCACAUUUGGGAGAGAGACUAUUCCCAGUUGCUGUAUGCUGCACCCACUGAGCCACAUGGCUAGCAGCAAGGGCAUGUACGGUAGGACCAGAAAUCUGCUGCGUCGUUGCUGUGCUGGAUUUGGGCCAAAUUAUAGACUUAUCACAGCUUCUCCUCAGACUCUGAGACUGACAGAG